CUAGAAAGAACGAGAGAGAGAGAGAGAGAGUCACAGUGCUACCUUCUUAACGCACCACCACUGUGGAGUCCUAGCAUUUAACUUCAGGAAAGUUAAACUGACAUCACAAGUUCUUUUUUUUUUUUUUUUAACAUAACAGAUUUUUUUUUAUUCCAUCAUAACCAGCACUUGCGUUAAUUUAUUUAAAAGUAUUAUUUACGUUUUUACUUCUAUUUGUAAUACACUUUUUAUAUGUGUGUGUGUGUGAGUGUUUAUUAUUUUUGAUCAAAUAAGGCUAAACAAAAUUGCAAUUACUUAUUUAAAAAAAAAGAAGAAGAAGAUGGUGCAUUUGAAAUUCCUUCUGGUAUUGGCAGUUGCAGUUAAUUUCUGGGAGAGUGGUGAUGCAAAGUUUGGUGAAAAAGGUGAAAUUGGUCCAAGAAGGAGGAGAUGUCUGGAUGGAAGCACACCAAGGCGUCUGAAGAAGAGAGAGAGACACUUGUCAGUGGACGGCAGCCGCGGCGCGGAGAUUUGUCACACGUUCUACCCGCGGCAGUCCUGCUGUUACACCAGAAGUGCCCAUCAGAACCUGCACCUUCGGGAUGCGAGGAUAUUUUCUGUUACCAACAAUACAGAAUGUGCAAAGCUGCUGGAAGAAGUCAAGUGUGCACGCUGCUCACCACAGGCUCAGAAUUUGUUUAAUUCGCCUGAUGUAGAGGAUGCUGCUGAUAGAGAGCCGGUUCUGCCCUUGCUGUGCAACGACUAUUGCAGAGAGUUCUACUAUGCCUGCAGAGGCCACAUACCAGAAUUAUUCCAAGCUGAUGUGGAUGAGUUCUGCCUGUAUUUUGGAAGAAGAGAUAGCGGUUUGUGCUUUCCAGAUUUUCCCAGAAAACAAGUGCGGGGGCCAGCCUCUAACUAUUUAGACCAGAUGGAAGAUUAUGAAAAAGUAGAAGAGAUGAACAGAAAACACAAGCACAAUUGUUACUGUGUUCAUGAGAUGCUGCGAGGCCUGAGGCAACCUGUCGGAAUUGUGAACUGCGGGGAUGGAUCUCAGCGGCUCUUCAUCCUGGAAAAGGAGGGUUUUGUGAGGAUUCUGACACCAGACAUGGAACUGAUCAAAGAGCCCUUUCUGGAUAUCCACAAGCUUGUCCAAAAUGGAAUAAAGGGAGGAGAUGAAAGAGGACUUUUAAGCCUUGCAUUCCAUCCCAAUUACAAGAAAAAUGGAAAGCUGUAUGUCUCCUAUACCACCAACCAAGAACGGUGGGCCAUUGGACCACACGACCACAUUCUUAGAGUGGUGGAAUACACAGUAUCCAGGAAAAACCCCAACCAGGUGGACCCGAGAACAAUGCGAGUGUUCAUAGAGGUAGCAGAGCUACACAGAAAACACCUGGGAGGUCAGCUGCUCUUUGGGCCUGAUGGCUUCUUGCAUAUUUUCUUAGGGGAUGGGAUGAUCACACUAGAUGACAUGGAGGAGAUGGAUGGAUUAAGUGAUUUUACAGGCUCUGUACUGAGAGUGGAUGUAGAUACAGACUGUUGCAGUGCACCAUAUUCUAUACCAAGGAAUAACCCCUACUUUAACAGCACCAAUCAGCCACCUGAGAUAUUUGCACAUGGACUUCAUAAUCCAGGCAGGUGUGCUGUGGAUCAGGGUCAGAUAGACAUAAACGGCAGCCUUUUAAUACUUUGCUCAGACUCAAGUAGCAAGAACUCAACGGCAAGAAGAAUACUGCAGAUAUCCAAGGGUAAAGACUAUGAAAACGAACCUUCACUCUUUGAACUGAAAUCCAGCAAUAGUGCUCCUCUAGUUGGAGGGUUUAUAUACAGGGGCUGCCAGUCAAGGAGACUGUAUGGAAGCUAUGUCUUCGGGGAUAGGAAUGGACAUUUUGGAACCCUUCAAAAAACAGCAACGGGCAAACAUUGGCAGGAGAGGGCUCUGUGUUUUGGCAGCCGCAGUUCAUGUCAGAGCUCUCUUACUGGUCACAUCCUGGGGUUUGGAGAAGAUGAACUUGGUGAGAUGUACAUUUUGACAAGCAGCAAAAGCAUGACAGAGUCUCACAGAGGGAAACUCUACAAACUGAUCGACCCAAAAAGACAUCGUGUCCCUGAAGAGUGCAAGAGACAGGUUCAGUCUCCACAGCCCUUACUCACUGAGUGCUCCCGCCUCUGUAAGAAUGGACACUGUACACCGACAGGACAAUGCUGCUGCAGUCCAGGCUGGGAGGGGGAUUUCUGCAGAGUGGCUAAAUGUGAACCAGUAUGUCGCAACGGUGGGGUUUGCUUCAAACCCAACAAGUGCUUGUGUAAAAAAGGCUAUUCGGGGACCCAGUGUGAACAAAUGGACCGGAGCAUCCGAAAGGAGAACGAAGAAGGCAUCCUUGAUCAGCUCGUAGACAUGACGUCAUACCUGCUGGACCUGACAAGCUACAUUGUAUAAAAACAAACCGCACAUCCUGUUCUUCACAUGCCAACUGCAAAAGGGACGUAUAUAGGUUUGUUCUCGUUCAUUUCACAAAAACAUCACCCUGAUAAUCGGGCGCCUUUUCAGUUGCACCAUGGACUCUUCUGCUGUAGUUGUGCAUUUCAAUUUGCUCAGAACUGGUACCGAAGGUCAAAACAGAUCUUUUGAAGAUGCAAGAAGAGAACGUUGCUUUAGUGUGCAUUCAAGACCAUUGUAGUUCAGGGUUUUUAUAUUUUCAUGUUUUUUAAGUCUCUUAGCCAGGAUAACUCUUCAGGUACUUGUGUGAUGUUUGAAUGUUUUUGGUAUGUGGGUAAAGUUUAAUUACAUGUUAAACUGUAUCUUUAGUAUCAAGCUUUUAAAAAGGUCUUUCUGAUGGGACUGGCAUAAAAAGAUUCUUUCUGGAACGCAGAUAACACUUCAUGCUGCUGUGAUGCCCCACUGUGGUCAAGAAAGAAACCGUUCUUUUAAAGUUUGACACUAUGGAGGACAUAUUAUUAGCUCUGUACACCUACUGAGAUUAUAAAUGAAAAAAAAAAAACUAAUAUUGAAAUCACAAAACUCAUUAUAUAUGGCCUCCAGUCCUCCAUUUAAUUUUGCACCAUUUCCAUAAUCACAGUGCAGGAAGAAGGUUCCCAGAGGGUCUCCAUGCAUUCCCAAAUCCUUUGAGCUCUGCCAGAAAGAGUAUGAGCAGGUAGCGCAUAAGCCCCGCCCCCAGAAUCAAGUAAUCUAUCGAAGCAGGAGAGGUUACUUUAUGAGCAGCUUCAGAAGGUACAAAAAUAUGACAUAACUUUAAAAAGAGAAAAGCUAUGAAUGUCUAAAUCGCAUCAUGUUACAAAGAGAGAAUGGCUUGGAAGUCCUUGAAAGUGCUAGACUGCUGUCUCUAAGAAAGUAGACAAGUAUUUAAUCAGUAAUCAUUAUGGUUUCAUUCUUCUUUAUGUAAAUGCCCCACCACCACCACCACCCAUAGGCCUUUUAUUUCAUUAUUGCAGUAACCUUUUUUGGCAAAGUGCAUUGUGAUGUAUAUUUCAUACAGGGCAGAGAUAAAAAGAGAACUUAACAUUAUUCCGAAGUAAAUUUAUAUUUGUUUUUACAGUCUAAUUUUUUUUUUCUUUGGGGGAAAAAAAAAAAAAGAUUACUAACUGUCUUACCAUAAAGAUGUAAAUUCUGUCAUUUAUGUAUUCAGUUAUUUAGUAUAUUUUUAGUUUAAAAAAAACUUCUACGUGUAUAAUUAAUUUGUUAAGUUAAUAUAUUUUGUGUAAACACAUGCUUAAAGACAUCAAGCAGUGUUGCACUGUGGCCUCUGAGCUGCUGGAAUGUAUGAAGCAUUGCCUGUUCUGUUUUUGCCGUGUACGUCUGCACCAGAUAGGUAUUAUUUUAUAUUCCUUUUUAACCAUCAGCCUGUUGCCUAGUGGGUUGCCUUUUUGUCAAAGUACAUUCAAAGAUGAAAAAUAGUUAAUGAGAAUAUCAGCUGUUUUGUUGUAGAAAGACAUGCUGGAUUUAGAAACAUGUUUUCUUACAGUUUUAUUGAUUUGUAUUAUUGUUUGUUAUCUUUUAGCUGAUCCCAAUUUUAUAAAAAAAAACAAAAGGUAUGCAUCACUUCAAUUGUUCAUAAGUUGCAUUGUUUAAUUAUGUCCCAAAAAUGCCACUUCCUUGAUAAAUCACAUUAAAACACCACUAGAAUUUAUAGCAACGUGAGAAAAAAAAAAUGUUUAAUGUAGUCAUUUACAGGACAGAGAUUUCUCAAGUAAUGCAUUAAAAAUGUAUAUAAAGGCACUGAAGCUUAACCCAACUUAUUUUAGCUUUACAGUAAAGUCUAAUGACUCUCUCUUUAUAAUGUCACCACUUUCUAUGACAUAGGAAAUAUGGCUGUGUUGAUUUAUUAAUCCUUUAUCAGUGGAUCUGGCAAGAUAUGCAUCCAAUUGAUGUUGAACCUCAAUAUAUACUUUAUACUAUUUUAAUGCAGUGCACAACGCAUACAGCUGGUUUUCACAAACCCAGUUAGCACUAAUGUUGGACUACCUUCCCUGGGUCUGUACUUUGGGUGUCAUUUGUCUAUAAUCUGACAAAAUCCUUUUUUUUAUGUAAUGUAAAACAUAUAGCCUACUCCCCUAAUUGUAUUGUGAUUAUAAUAAUAGAUUUGACAUUUAGAAAUCAUGAAAUAAAAUAUAAAAAAUGCAAUUUAUCGGUAUUUAAUUCUAGUGGUGCCCAUAAACAUUUGAUUGGCUGUGUAUGUGUAACAGCUGUCUGAAGUCAUUAACAGACCUGUGUCGGUCAUAGAUUAUGUUAAAAGUAACAAAUUGCAUAUUGUUAAUUCAAUUUCAACCCCUGCUUGUGUAAUUUCAGCACUUAAUGUGAAUCUUUCUUGGAGGUAAUUGAAAAUUAAUUGUGUGAAUA